UUUUAUUGUUCUGAUUGGAAAAAAAAUCUCAAUCGAUGGUUUUGGUUUAACCCUUUUUUCAUAUAUUUUUCAUUAACUUAAAUUUAUUAAAUAAGCAAAUAUAUCAAACAUGUUAACCAUUGGAACUCUAGCCAACAUAAAGCACAUAUUGCAAAAAGACCUAUUCAACAGCACCGGCGAAAGGGUUCUCUCUGUGGCCACAGUCACGAAAACCUACAAAAAGAAGAAGGUUUGUUAUCUCUGCAUCGUCACAACUCCUCCUCCCAUUCCCGUGGUAACAGUAUGUUUAGUAAAACUCCCCGAAAAAGAAGGUGAGUACAAAAAGAAACGAUGCUGGCAGUUGGACGAAAUCAAGUUAGUCGAUGGGAAGAGCGAAGAAUUCGAGACCCACGAAUUCGAUGUUCAGGUGGAAAAACUCUACAAGUGGUAUGCCAUCAAUUUGCACGAAAGACAGAACUUCAUAGCCGUGCUGUAUAAGCAAGUAAACAAAUAUGUCCGUUCCAAUCGGGCUGAGUUCCGCAAUGUCCCCGCGGCCUGGCUUACGGAGAUGUCACCAGAGAAGAUGGCUGCGAGUGGAGGCGGAAACAAGGCCAACGCUGACACGGAAGACGAAGACGGAGAGAGCUCCGAGUUCCAAAUGAUCUCCGACAAAGAAGCCACGGAGCUGAUGAAGUUAUUCACAGAGUGUGAUUUUGCCAUCAAGGAUGCGGAGACUUUUAUAGAGCAGCUUAGCAAAGAGUUGCAUGACUUAGAUGGGGCUAACGUCCAAAGUGUUUUGGCGUCAGAGCAGCAAGUGUUCAUUUUAAUGCAGCACAUUGAAACCGCCGUUGUCGAGGCUGAGAAGUUCGAAACACGUCUAGAUGCCUAUGAAGAGAUUCUGGGACACGUUCGAGAGACUAUGGAAAAGAUUGGUGGCAAGAACGCGAUGAUCGAGAUCGCAAACAACAACAACAUUAAACUGCUGAAGGAACUUAACCGAGUUAUAACCCAACUUGAUCUGCCACACUCACACCAACAAGCACUGGACGAGCCUGACCUGAAGACUGCCGCUGGCAGAGAAGCUGCCAUAGCAGCAGCCAAGAGCUUACAACAAGCAAUGAACAGCGACAUAGAUCCUUCGCUGCUGCGUCUCGAAGCGGUUCAAGACCAACGAAAACGCUUCGAAAAAUGGAAGGCAAAGUUUUCCAUUACCGUUAGUCGUUAUGUAAAUAAUUUAUUUAUACAUUUGGGAAACGAAUUCGGAGACACGUCACUCUCCUCCACUGAGCUAGUUCUUCCUAAACAUUCGUCGGUUCAUAAGGAGCUAGUAGCCUAUACAGAACUGAUGCACUGGACAAAAGCAAUGGAUCGCAAAACGUACGAUGGCUUGACCAGAGUGUACACAACAUCGUUAAGUAAAAUCUAUGAAAGAGAUAUCCGGAAUUUCUUCACUUUGGCUCGACUUCAAAUCUCCGAAAAGCUGCGAACGUCUCGAGAAGAUUUAGAUAGUUCGACUUCGUCGAAAAAAUCAGCAGUUAUAGUGCCUUAUGGGACAUUAGGUGUCAAUAAAGAAUCCUGGGCAAGUGGUAUUGAAAGCGCCGAUCGGGAGAAAUUCGACAUGAUUCUUGAGAAAGUCUUAGCUGAAUUGGAGCCAGUCGCCUUACAAGAACAACUCUUUUGCAUAAACUUCUUCCAAAUGGAUGUGAUAAGUCCCACGACUAAAAAUACUCAAACAACAUUGGAUGCCCUAGAGAGUCAGCCGGAACCAAAGGAACAAGAUUCAAGUAAUCUCUUACCUCAGAAAAAAAUCGACCGGCAAAUCAACGAAGAGGUUCGGAAGCUAAUGAUAGCCUUAUUCGGAUGUCUGGAACCUGAACUAAUAAGCUUUAUACAGAGUUUUGAAAAGAUGGAUAGUUUUUACUCACUGUACGUUUUGGUGCGACUAACCCAGCAUGUGAUGUCGGCCCAAGACACCCACUCAUUCCUUAGCAUGACUUUUGCCUCGGCUUUGGUUCAUGUCAAGCGAAACUUCGACCGAUUCAUGCAACAGCAAAUACAGUCAAUUAAAGAUGCAAAAAUGCCAAAACGUUCAAAGUGCGGAAUACUACCGUACGUGGAGAAUUUCGAAGAUUUUGCCGAAACGUGUGAGGGAAUUUUCCGCAAAUCGGACAGACGAGCAGACAUGGAGAAAUGGUACCUGCAAUUGGUCAAUACGAUAUUCGACUUUAUAUCAAUUCAUUCCAACGAACAUCCGAAAACUCCGAGUCAAGUGGUCAAAAUGGAGAACUACCAUCACAUGUAUUCGCUGUUGGCUCAGCUUAAAGUGCCCGGCUUAGAUCCCCUCAAGAAGGACGGCAAGGCUAAGUACAAUGAUGCUCUUAAAGCGUAUGUAACAAAAUACUUUGGUCGUCCAUUAGAAAAACUUAAUCUUUUCUUUGAAGGUGUCCAACAAAAAGUCGCUCAAGGUGUUAAAGAGACUGAAAUCAGUUAUCAAAUGGCAUUCUCUAAACAAGAACUACGCAAAGUGAUUGGGCAAUAUCCAGCGAGAGAAGUGAAGAAAGGAUUGGAAAACCUUUAUAAAAAAGUCGAGAAACAUCUUUGCGAAGAGGAGAAUCUUCUGCAAGUUGUGUGGCAUGCAAUGCAGGAGGAAUUUAUUGCACAAUAUAAUUAUCUUGAAGAGCGCAUCCAGAAAUGCUAUGCUGGGGCAAUGAUUAAUUUGGAAUUCAGUAUUCACGAUAUAUUGACGUUCUUUUCUGAUAUCGCUCGAUCACAUUGAAUGGAAAUUUAACCGCAUCGAUGAUUCUAUCUUCUCUCUCUUUCAAUCGAACAUAAUUUUAUACCGUUAUGCCAUGGAGGAACAAUUCCAUAGUAUUAGUGCUUAAAGCAUUAACUGUAAUUAUAUUAUAUACAACAAACAAACACAAAACAAUUAAACAAAUAUUUUACUGUUAAGUGCAAUAGCAAAAUAAAUAUAUGUAUAUUAAAAUUAUUGCAACGAAAAAUA